GCCACAACUCACACGUAAUGCUGCGCCAGUUUUAUUUCAUAUACUAAUUAUAAACCAUGUCAGCCGAAGUAGCCGCAGCCACCACUGAGGUACCCGCACCUGCAGCGGCUGCCACUGAGACUCCCGCGGCCGAGACAAAACCCGCAGCAGCCACUAAAGCGCCAGCAAAGGCUGAGGGCAAACAGAAGGAUUCAGAUUCACCUAAGUUGUUCAUCGGACAGAUCCCCAGAGACAUGGCCGAGACUGAUGUCAAGGCGGUGUUUGAUGAGUUUGGCGAAGUAUUCGAGGUAGUGAUCCUUAAGGAUAAGUUCUCUGGACAACCUCAGGGCUGUGGUUUUGUUUCAUACAUGCACAAGGCUGAUGCUACCAAGGCCAUCGCUGGGUUGCACGACAAGAAAGUGCUUCCCGGUUCCGCGAAUGCGAUGCAGGUAAAGGUUGCUGACAGUGAGAAGCGUAAAGAUCAGGACAAGAAGUUGUUCGUAGGUAUGACCGGACGUCUUGCCGACGAGAGCAUGAUCAAGAAGAUGUUCGAUCCCUACGGUGUAGUUGAGGAGGUCACUAUCCUCAAGCACCCCGACGGUAACAGCAAGGGCUGCGGUUUCGUCAUGUUCGCUACACGCGAGCAGGGUCAGAGUGCCAUUAACGCACUCAACGGAUCAACCACACUUGAUGGCGCUACUGCACCUCUCGUAGUGAAGUUUGCCGACACCGACAAGGAUAAAGCUGCCAAGAGGCAGACCCACGGAGGCCCACAACACGGCAAUAGUAAUGGCUAUGGCGGCGGUUUCCAGCAGAACAUGCCCAACCCGUACAUGCAGAACCCGUACAUGAUGCAGCAGCCCAUGAUGCAGCAACAGAGCCCCUACAUGAACCAGGGCUACCCCAUGAUGGGCCAGCAGCCAUACGGCGGCUACGGCCAGGCACCCGGUAUGCCUCCCCAGGGAGGUAUGGGUAUGCCACCCCAGCAGCCAGGCGCUGAGCCAGCGGCUGGUGGUAUGGGUGCACCUCCCCAGGCACCUGCCCCCUAUGGAGGUUACAACCCCAUGCAGCAGCCACAGCCAUACGGAGCUCCUCCCGCAGGCGCAUACGGCAUGGGAACACCCGCGGGAUCUGCCGGUAUGAGUGCACCCAGCUCAGCUGCGUCCAGCAACGCCAGUGGCCCUGAGGGAGCCAACUUGUUUGUAUACCACGUGCCCAAUGAGUGGACUGAUAACGACCUAUACGCCAACUUUGCACCUUUCGGGACAGUUUUGAGUGCGAAAGUGUUCAUUGACAAGAACACUGGUCUGUCCAAGUGCUUCGGAUUUGUGUCGUACGACAAUGCCGCCAGUGCCAGCGCCGCCAUUCAGUCGAUGAACGGCUACAGAAUCGCGAACAAGAUGUUGAAGGUUCAACUCAAGCGUCCCAGAGAUUCGUCGCGCCCAUAUUAAGUGAGUACCAGAACUUGUCCUACGGUUCGAGCACGUGUACACGUUCUAUCCGAGUAACUUGACACUUAACUAUGCUAUGGAGUAUGAACUGUUGGUGGCCUGACUUGCGUUGAGUUGACCGUGACGUAUCUCGUCCUGUCGUCUAAUAGCCCUGUUCCCUCGAGUGUGAUUUGACGUCAAAAUUUGCCGACAAAAGUGCCGAAACGUGUUUCGAAUGCCGUGCCCCCCAUAGUGCCCAAUUGAGAUGGUCGUGGGUUGUGUCAGAUGUACAACAGUAACCUGAACCAUGAUAUUUAGUAUAAUCAAUAUGUGCAUGGUGAUAUGCUCUGCACACGAAGUGAAGUGAAAUGAAUGACGCAAUUGAUGAGAUGUAGUCGGUUGCUUAUUAUUUACUUUACAGUGACCGAAACCUGCUUUCGUAUACAUGAAAUAAUGAAAUGGAAUCGAUGAGCACUUCAGAUGGCUGUGGCUGUCUUGUUCCGUAUAUUUUCUUUGGCAUUUGUUUUUUUCUUGCGCGGGUUCAGUCCUGUCCCAAUUUGUACUGCAUCAUUCAUUAUUAGUUGAUUAUGGUUGUGAAAUACAAGCUUUAUUUAUUGUACUACUGAAUAUUCUCCUGAAUUGUUUGAUUUAAUUUUGAACUUUUUUUGGCUAGCUAUCGCCCUUUUGUUUAAUGAUUACAUCUUACUAAUUAGUGAAGUUUGCUUUGUUGGUUCGGACGUGCUCUACAUGUAUCAUUCGUCUCUUUUUGAUAGGUUAUUGAAUGAUGCGUCGUCUAUUUGCUCGAUUUGUUGCUUCUGUUUUUCUUCUAUGACUUUGUAGUGAUUCGUGUGAUAUUCAGCAUUGUAAAAGCUGCAAUGUGCCAUGAAGUCUUGCAAUGCUUCUCCUGAAGUUUUCGACGAUGCCAGUAUAAACUGAAAUCAAUAAAUCAAGGAG